CACAUAACACAAUAUUUAUUCAUUUGUUAUUACUAUUAUUAUUAUCACCGUUUUUGUUAUCAUUACCAUAAAAUAUUGUAGUACAAAGAUAAUAAUAGAACUGACUUUAUUGGAAUUUUACUCAUACAACUCAUAAGAGAAGUGUGAACCCAGUGUUUUUUUUAAUCUCUCGAAGGAGCCAUGUUGCUAAUAGACCAUCUUUGCCUAGCCACCUCAGCAAACAAAAAUCCUUGCUAUGCUUUCAAAUUAAAGCCUCUUCCACCUCCACCUCCAUCAUCUUUCAUAUCCACCAUCUUGGAGUGGUUUUUGUGUCAGGCAUUGUAACUGCCUCGACUUAAGUUGAAAUUUUCCCCCACUCAUUAAAGAUUAGAGGUGACUGGGGUUUGUGUGCACGUUACCAUAACAGCAGGUUUAUUAGGGAAUGCCAGGGAGUCAUUUGAUUGUUAUUUCUCAUUGCCACUGAAGAGGAAACAAGUUCAGUCUGGUAUAGCUGAGAGUUUUGAAAGUUUUUGUUUGUUUGUUGUUGGGAGAUGCAAGAUAUUUGCAAUGUUAAUUUCCUCUACAUUUUGGAAUGGGAAACGGGAAGAAGAUGAGAUGACAGUAUCAGAGAAACCUGAACCAAACACUUUGCCAUUGAUUGUGGUAAAGAAAUCAGUUCCCAGGAUAAGACCUGUGAAGCCAAAGGAGACGACUAAGGGGACUCUGUCAAACAGCAGGUCCACUAGAGUCAAAGGUAUGACUACAUGUGAGACGUCAGGGAACAUAAUGAAGCUUUGUGUCAACUUGAUGCCCAUUUUGGCCCUGGCCAAGGAGGAGGAAGAAGAGGAGGAGGAGGAGGAGGACAGAAGUAUCAGCUUUAUGGAUCAAACGGCAACAGAAAAUAGCAGCAAAAUAGACCCAUCGGCAGAUGAGAAACACAAAUCCACCGAUUCUGAUUCAGGAUUAACUUCAGAGAAAACAACAGAAGCCAAACAAUCACAGACUCCUCGGGUUGUGCUGCCGCCUGUAUCUCAACCAAAACCAGCCAGUGAGUGGCGUGACCGUCAGGAGAUCCAGAGGUGUCAGAAGCCUCUGCCUCCCAUCACGCUACGUCACCAAGAAACAACCAACACCUCUCCAAACUUUACAACAGGCAGCUGUGGAGACAAUGGACCAGUUACGGGACAAGUGUUGGACAGCAGGCCCUGGAGGGACAAUCCUCUGUUCUCUAAAAGUAGAUCUGCAGAGUUUCGUCUUCCUGACAUCUCCCUGUGCAGCCUGGAUGCCCUGCUGCAGACGGUGACGCAGAAACUGGGUAAAAAGAGGAGAGGCGGCGAUAAAGCUCUAAGAAGAAGAACCCAGGCCGAUCGUGUCUUUGUUUCUGUUAGUGAACAUCGUUUCAGACAGACGAGUGUCUGGCAGCAGGAUGGGAACAUGGACAACAUGUAUGGCCGAUUUGGCCCUUUUACGAGAGUUAUCCAUCAGAGUUUCAUACACGAGUACACAGAUCAGCCACAACCCUAAAAGCACCAAGAAAUGUAGGAAAUAACGACCUCUAUAAACAAAUGUGUGGAUGUGUUCUUGCCUUGCCCAUCUCAUCGAGGACUCAGCAAAGCCGGAUAUCCCAGA